UGAAGUGACUGCUAGGUGGCGUGACUGAAAUAUUGAAACUAAAAAGAAUAGACCUGCAAGUGCCAGCCGCAAAGUGGCAAGUCCCAAGCCAGUCCAAAUUGCCAGCGUCCCCUCAACAAAUGACAGCUCUAACUGCCGCUCUACAGCAGCCUAGACACGUCUUGAUUCAACAUUAUCAAUGGCGCAGUCAUCGCGGAUCGAUUCUACCAUCCCUACAAGGCCAUUCAUUGAGGAUAUCCGUCUGCACAGGUCGAAGAGGAGAUCGCUAGGGAGCAAGUACAGGCAGGAUACGGCCUUUCCAGAGCGAAGGGGUCCACUGUACUCGCUGCAUCCCUCGAUCCAACGUUCUGAAGCAAGAAGAAUGAAAAUCAGCGACCUCAUGAGUGGAAAUAGACCUGCAAGUGCCAGCCGCAAAGUGGCAAGUCCCAAGCCAGUCCAAAUUGCCAGCGUCCCCUCAACAAAUGACAGCUCUAACUGCCGCUCUACAGCAGCCUAGACACGUCUUGAUUCAACAUUAUCAAUGGCGCAGUCAUCGCGGAUCGAUUCUACCAUCCCUACAAGGCCAUUCAUUGAGGAUAUCCGUCUGCACAGGUCGAAGAGGAGAUCGCUAGGGAGCAAGUACAGGCAGGAUACGGCGUUUCCAGAGCGAAGGGGUCCACUGUACUCGCUGCAUCCCUCGAUCCAACCUUCCGCGGCAAGAAGAAUGAAAAUCAGCGCCCUCAUCGUGAC